AGUUUUGCGAUUACGUUCUCUCCUUUGUCUGAAAGCAGCCGGGCUUGUUCUAUAUUUUUUUAUACGGAACAUUGAUGCUUGUUUCUUCGACACUUCCAUUGUUAACCACCAAAUGCCCAACCCAGUCGUCCCAAUCCCACGUUGCCAGAAAAGACACAGAGAAGAUGACAACUUCCGUGUUAUCAGCAGAGAAUAUAAGCUUUCAUUUCUCAAUUAGCUUUAUGGCUGGCGAUGCAGGAGGGAAGGAUUUGGAGCAGACCCCGACAUGGGCAGUGGCUACCAUCUGUGCAUGGUUUGUGAUUAUAUCUGCAUUGAUUGAACAUGGGAUUCAUUCUCUUGAAAUGUGGUUCCAAAAACGCCAGAAGAAGGCUAUGGCUGAAGCCUUGGAGAAGAUUAAAGUGGUAUUACUUACUGUGGGCACAAAAUACAUCGUAAAAAUUUGUAUUCCAAAAGCUAUUGGCAAAACCAUGCUUCCAUGCAAAUAUGAUGGUGGGAACGACAAUGGCGGUGACAAAGGCAAGGGUCACGGUGACGGUGGUCGUAAACACGACAGGCGGAAGUUACUUUCUUACGCUGGAGAUAUGAUAUGGCAUCGAGCCCUGGCAGCGACAAAUGAGAGCCCAGCAACCGACCGAACAAGUUCUUGCACAGGAGAUAAAGUUGCAUUGAUUUCAACAAAUGGGAUGCAUCAAUUGCAUAUAUUCAUAUUUGUUCUUGCUGUUUUACAUGUUCUCUACAGUGUGGUUACCAUUGCUUUCGCGCAGGCCAAACUGAAGAAAUGGAAAGCUUGGGAAUUGGAAAUAAGACCAUUGGAGUAUCAGUUGUGUACCGGUGAUUCUCUGCUUCUUUGUUCAAGAAUUUUCAAAAUAGUUCGAAGGAACCCAGCACCAACGCCUGGGUUCCUCGAACCCAGGCGCGGGUCGAGGCACCAGGCGUGCUGGGUUCGAGGAACCCAGGCUUGGGUUCCUUCGAACCCAGGACGCCUGGGUUCGAUGGAACCCAGGACGCCUGGGUUCGAUGGAACCCAGGACGCCUGGGUUCGAUGGAACCCAGGACGCCUGGGUUCGAUGGAACCCAGCACGCCUGGGUUCGAACGUUCCUCGAACUCAGGCGCUGGGUUUGAAACCCAGCGCCUGGGUUUGAGUCGAACCCGCCUGGGUUUUUUUGUUCUGUUUCUUUGUUGGCUUGCAGUCAUGCUUGAAUGGGAUUUAGAGUUUGGUGUGGUUUCUGAUUGCUUGAAUUUUCAGAUCUAGUUACUGUUGAUGUUGAUUGAAGGAAUGUGGUGUUUUUUCCAUUUUUCUUUGCAGAUCUGGUAUACAUUUGUAGAGGAAUUGAUUUUUUGAAUCAGAUUUAUUGAGUUCUAUUAGGGAGGAGGUUUGGGGAAGAAGUAAAUGGUGAUUGGAGUGGUAAUAGAUGAUCGGACAAUGAGGGAUGACCGGAGGGAUGACCGGAGUAACGAGGGAUGAUCGGAGUAAUGAGGGAUGACGUGGACUAGUUAUUUUCCACGUAAUUAAAGAUUUCAAACAAGAAUUGAUUUUGUGGCAACUUAACGUGCCAUCUGUCAUUUCCGUCAACGGAAGGACGAAAUUGGUCCCAAAAAUUGAAGUUCAAGGAUUUUUUUAGUACUUUUUGAAGUUCGAGGGUAGUUUUAGUUCAAAAAUGAAAGUUGAGGGACUGA